AUGAAAAGAAAUAUGAACGAUCUUUCUUUUUCAUCGAUUUGCACUGAGGCUUCUUUAGAAAAUAGAUAAAAAGUAAGAUAGGCAAAAUCUGAGUCUCCGUCUCUAUUAAAAACCAAAAAUUAAAAUAACCUUGGAAAAAGCAAUUUUUGCCCGAAUAAUAAACCAGCUUAUACAAAAUCAAAUACUUUUUAGCUUGAUUUCAAAAGCAGCCAAUCCAAAACUCAAAUCUCUUAGACUGUUUCACCAAGAAAUUUCUUUAAUCCAUAAAGUGCUAAAUUAAAUAAUAUUAUAAACUCUAUAGAAAAACUACUUGUAGACGAGCAUAAAUAAACUGAAUAAUUAGUCUCUAAUAUUAAUAGAUAAGUUACUGCCAUAAAUUAAAAAUUUGAUAAAAAGUAAGUUAGUAAUAAAAAGGCUGAUAAUUUACUUUUUACUGAAGGAGAGUAAAAAGAAUUAAUAGAAGUUUAUAACUAGAGCGUUAAAAAUAUGUAUACUAGUAAAAGUUCAGGCAUGAAUUACUUCAAGUAAAAAAUUCUCAAAUAGACUGAGGAAUUGAAUUGA